UCACGUGGUUAGGAUUCCAAAAUGGCGUCUGGGCAGCAGUGGGUGUUAGUUGAGAUGGUACAGGCUUUCUAUGAGGCGCCUGCUUACCAUCUGAUACUGGAAGGGAUUCUUAUAUUAUGGAUUAUCCGACUGCUGUUUUCAAAGACAUACAAACUUCAGGAGAGGUCUGAUCUCACUGAAAAGGAAAAGGAGGAACUAAUUGAAGAGUGGCAGCCUGAACCUCUUGUGCCUCCCGUGUCAAAGGACCAUCCGUCCCUGAAUUAUGACGUUGUCACUGGGCCUACAAGCCACAAAAUUGUAGUUAACGGAAAGGAGUGCAUAAACUUUGCAUCAUUUAACUUUUUGGGACUCUUGGACAAUGAAAGAGUGAAGAAAAGAGCUUUGUCAUCUCUUAAAAAGUAUGGAGUUGGUACCUGUGGCCCUAGAGGAUUUUAUGGGACUUUUGACGUUCACCUAGAGUUGGAAGAUCGUUUGGCAAAGUUCAUGAGGACAGAAGAAGCCAUCAUCUACUCCUACGGCUUUGCGACAAUAGCUAGCGCUAUCCCUGCAUACUCUAAGAGAGGUGACAUUGUGUUUGUAGAUGAAGCAGCAUGUUUUGCAAUCCAGAAGGGACUCCAGGCUUCACGCAGUUUCAUCAAGUAUUUCAAGCACAAUGAUAUGGAGGAUCUGGAGAGACUUCUGAAGGAUCAAGAAGUGGAGGACCAGAAGAAUCCUAGGAAAGCUCGUGUAAUCAGGAGGUUCAUUGUUGUAGAGGGAUUGUACAUAAACACUGGUGAUAUUUGUCCACUUCCAGAACUGGUGAAGCUUAAGUACAGGUAUAAGGUCCGCAUUUUCCUGGAAGAGAGCUUGUCCUUUGGAGUUCUUGGAGAUCAUGGAAGAGGGGUCACAGAGCACUUUGGAGUCAAUAUUGAUGACAUUGAUCUCAUCAGUGCAAACAUGGAGAAUGCUUUGGCUUCUAUUGGUGGAUUCUGCUGCGGGCGAUCUUUUGUCAUAGAUCAUCAGCGUCUGUCUGGGCAGGGUUACUGUUUCUCUGCCUCUCUUCCGCCAAUGUUGGCUGCUGCUGCUAUAGAAGCCCUCAACAUCAUGGAGGAAGACCCAGAGAUUUUUACCAUUCUGAGGGAAAAAUGCAGUUGUGUCCACAGAGCUCUGCAGGGGAUCCCUGGCCUGAAGGUGGUCGGCGAGUCUUUCACACCCGCUCUUCACUUGCAGCUGGAGACAAGCACUGGGUCCAGAGACAGUGAUAUGAAGACCCUGAGAACAAUUGUAGAAUACUGUAUGAACCGGCGGGUUGCCCUCACUCAGGCUCGCUACCUGGACAAGGAAGAAAAGUUUCUGCCUCCGCCAACGAUCCGCGUAGUAGUGACCGUGGAACAGACUGAUGAAGAGAUUAACAUGGCUGCAUCUUUGAUCAGAGAGGCGGCACUUGCCAUUCUGAAGUAGUUUUGGAUUUGGGGGGGAGGGGAAAGGAGCUAUGGAACACAAAACACUCACGACCCCCUAGGUUGGACUGAAGGAAUAAGCACAUGCACGGACUGUGUAGUACCACACUGAUGUUGCCUGAAGGUCAUUCUGUUUGCUAGGUGUACCUCUGUGUCAAAUUCAAAAGAGUAAUACUUGUUUUGUUCGUUUUUUUUUUUAAAUUGUAAUAUUCAACUUGUCUUACUUAGCAAUAAAUGUGGCUUACAGGAUUACAGGAUGUUGGAUUCCAUAUGGUCUGUGUUCUAUAGUGUCUGUUUUCAUUUAUUUCUAGUCUGUAUGAAUCCACAGAGGAAGAAUGACUAGAUGAACCUUUACAGCUGGUCCUCAAAUCAAGAACUGAAAUGGCAUCAAGAGGUGGUUCAUUACUCAAAAGGUUGGAAAGUUGAAUGUGACACGGUGCUAACCAGGGAUUUGUCAUCAAUUCAUUAUGUAGCUACCCAUGUAAUGUAUGCUGGCAAAAACUGUGCUGUUGGGCUAAGUGACUGCACUUCAGGAAUUGCGUCUAUAUCUGUCUCUUCUGUUAUGAAAUUCAGGUUGUUUUGAGUUGUAAGUCACUUCAGAGAAAAAGGAUCUGCUAAAUGAAAAAUGUAAAUAUUAACAACCCGGGGAGGUUUUCGAUAGAAACAAAGCAGUGGACUGGACUGUCUCUCUGUCCCAUACAGUGGAUUGUGAACAGUGAGGGAUAAGAGCUUGAUCCCCAUGUUUGCUUCUUUCACAACUUUUCUUUUGAAAAAAACUUAAAGGCUUCAAGUUUUUGCUUUUGCAAUCUGUUGGUGUAGCACGUAACUGCGAUUGGUAU